AGAUGGUCCCUAACAUGGGGGCCCGGAUUGUGUGGCUGGUGGGUAUCUUCCCUGCCAGAACGCAAUUCGAGCCGUGGCACGCAGACGCACCUUUCGCUUGCAAUCGAUCCGCAAUGGCCGCUGAACUUUGGGCUAGCUACAAGCAAUGGGCUGACGUCCAGGAGACGCUCUUCCUGGACUGGGCCGACCCUUCUGGCCAGUACAAGCUGUCGCCCAUGAAGGACCUGCCCGGAGCUGACUUCGCCACGGCAUUCGCCAUUUGCGUUGCCUAUGUCUCCUUCGUUGUCAUCGGCACGCUUGUGAUGAAGGCUGGUGUCCCGGCCAUCAAGACCAGUCCGCUGCAGUUCAUCUACAACCCGCUGCAGGUCGUGCUAUGCUCGUACAUGUGCAUGGAAGCCGGCAUCCUCGCCUACCGCAACGGCUACUCGGCCACUCCGUGCAACGCGUUCAACGCGGAGAAGCCCGUCAUGGGCAACGUGCUGUACAUGUUCUAUCUGUCCAAGAUCCUGGACUUCUUUGACACGAUCUUCAUCAUCCUUGGCAAGAAGUGGAAGCAGCUCUCCUUCCUGCAUGUGUACCACCACCUGACAAUCUUCGCGAUUUACUUCAUGAACUUCCGCGUGGCCUACGACGGCGACAUCUACGCCACGGUCAUUCUGAACGGCUUCAUCCACACGAUCAUGUACAUGUACUACUUCGUGAGCGCGCACACGCGUGACAUCUGGUGGAAGAAGUACCUCACGGCCAUGCAGUUGAUCCAGUUCGUCACGAUGAACGUGCAGGGAUACUUUAUGGUGUCGCGUUCCUGCGAGAACUUCCCCCACAAGGUGCCCGUCAUCUACCUCAUCUACAUCCAGUCGCUCUUCUGGCUGUUCAUGAACUUCUUCAUCAAGUCGUACUGCUCGAAGCCGCGCAAGUCGUCUAACAAGAAGAAGACGCAAUAGAGAGAGAAGUGAGAUGCUGGGGACUGCUGCUAGCUGUAUGCAAGCGUUUUGAGACCAAUACAACGCCGCCGGAGUAGGAAACUGCUCCGCGGCCUUUAUCAGCUGAAAAGUGUACCCGUUCGUGGUCAGGAUGAAUGUAUCCUUGCUGAAGUUUCGUCUUGUUUGAUCCGUUGUUCUUUUUGUCGCAUCAUUGGAAGGAUGAUUCGAAGGCCUUGCGAAGGCUGGUUCAUCAUUGCAGAGCGUGGCACGCGUCGGCUUGCCAGCUACUACUACAUGUAGUAUUUAGCUUCUUCUUUCAUCCGGCGUGUGGUAAUCUGAGUAGCGCCAAGCCUUGGAGCGUGACGUGACGUACACAUUGCGAAUCGAUCUCCCAGAACGCGCGGUAGUCGACCGGCGGCGUUUAUGUUUGGAU